AUGCACUACAUCCCCAUCUUCUUCCUCCUGUUCUUGAGUUCAUUCUGCAAACCCGAUGACCAGCUCACACAAGCAAAGCCACUCACCGACCGCGACACUCUCAUCUCCGAGAGCGGUGACUUUGCUCUAGGCUUCUUCUCCCCGACAAGCUCCAACAAGAGUUUUUACCUUGGCAUAUGGUACCACAGCCUCCCUGGGCCACGGACCGCCGUGUGGAUCGCCAACCGAGACAGCCCAAUCACCAACCCUUCGUCCAUGAUGCUCACGGUAACUAACAAUUCUCGCAUGGUAUUAUCUGACUCUGAAGGCCGUAAUAUUUGGAUGGCAGCAAGCAAUAUCACCACUGGAGCGGCAGGAGCUUAUGCAGUACUAAACAACUCGGGGAACUUUGUUCUCCGUUCGUCGAACAACAUGGACAUAUGGCAGGGUUUUGAUCAUCCAACCGACACAAUACUUCCAACCAUGAGAUUCUUGGUGAGCUACAAAGCACAAAUCAUCGCACGCCUUGUUGCUUGGAAGGGCCCGGAUGACCCAUCUUCUGGGGACUUCUCAUGCAGCGGCGACACAAGAUCCCCAGACCUUCAGUUGGUAACUUGGAACAAGGCUAGGUUAUAUUGUCGUAUCAUUGUGUUGGACGGUGUGUCGGUGUCCGGUGGCACACUAAACAACACUAGCUCCAUCUCGUACCAAACAAUUGUCACCUCUGGAGACGAGUUCAGUUACAGGUUCACUGUUUCCGACAACUCACCAUUCAGGCGCAUGAUGCUUGACUACACUGGCAAGUUGAAGAAUCUAGGUUGGGACAAUCACUCUGCGUCGUGGAUAGUCAUCAAUGAGCUUAUGAGCACCCCAAUAGUGCUUGCGAUCUCUACGCCUCUUGUGGCCCGUUUGGCUACUGUGACUUCACUGAGGCCAUUCCAACAUGUCAGUGCUUUGAUGGGUUUGAGCCCAUCGACAGUAGUAACUCUUUUAAAGGAUGUCAGAGAAAAGAAGCGCUGA